CAUGUUAGAGAUCAACAUGUUCUUCCACCAAAUGUUCUGGCAACAGAAACAACUGCCAGACACUUCUGAAGGACUAAAGAUCUGGACUUGGCAAAGGAUGAUUCUCAUGAUCGACAUGAUCAUGGACACAGCUCCUGAGUACAACAAAAGUGGUUUGGUGGGAUUUCCAAUCAACGUCAUCUUGAACUGGCCAAUGGCUACCACGGCUGGUUUCGCUGCCUUCCUGAAUGACAAGGUAAGGCGUAUGCCGCGUAUCAGAUGCAGCCAGCGCCCGCCCCUUAUCUUACGCGUGGUCGAACAUAACUGCUUUAUAAUCCUUGAUCCAUACAAUAUGAUGGAAAUUAAAUGCUAAACACAUUGUGACCCUCUUGAGUUUAUCCAAUACCAAAUGGCAUUUGGCAAAUGCUGUAAUCGAUAACUAAAGAAACACCAAAAUUUUUCUAAUCUCAACUUUUUGACAACAGAAUAAAUUAAUACAUACAGUGUGUCAUUUGUAGUGUUUUAUAGGAAAAGUUUGUAAACAUCAGAAAAUUUAAAAUUUUACUUUCAGGAUUUCUUAAAUUUUACUUUUAGUUAGGUCGAGAUAUUAUUCACAAGUUUUUAGCAUGAUGACAACACUUUCCUUGCGAUAGUAACAUCUAGACUUAGAGUAAUCAAGUUUGCCACAAUAGGUCGAGGGUCGCGUAUAUAUGUAGGUUGAGCAAUUGCUCCGUGCUUUGAAACUAAUGAAAGAGUAGAGUUUUGUUGGUUGUCUCUUAUGCUAUCAGGUCCUACGGCUUCCCUCCUUUGCCAAAAACUAACCUUAAUGCUUUAGUUAUCACAAGCCUUUCGCUUUCUUUGGCUUUGGUCCAGAUGAAAGGACAAUAAAUAUAUAAUUAAAUAAUUAAAGGACAUUGGCAAUAAAAAAUUAGUUGGUCUCAUUCAAGAGAACUCUUAAUAUUCAUUAAACUUUAUUACCGAUUUGUCAUAUCUUGCUUAGUUCUCGAAAUAUCUAGACCGAAGUUAAUUGACGUAACAUUACAUAUCCUCACUGAAUAAUCCAAGAUGGCGAACAGCUGACUUUUUUCAGUCCAAAUAUUCUAAAAACUAAGCAAGAUAUAAACAAUCUGUAAUAGAGUUUAAUAUAUAGUUUUAAAAGUUCUUUCAAAUGAACUGAACUAAUUUUUUAUUGCCAAUGUCCUUUAAAUAUUAUUCAUAAUUCUACACAUACAAUGUAGUGAAAUAUCAGGAGUUAUCUCAAGAAAAAUUUAGAACUACCUAUCUCAAUUAACAAGGAGAGCAGACUGUGGGGGAGCUAUGAGCUCAUGACGUAAUGCAUAUCUACUAGCUAUGGGGUCCGAAAGCAUACUCAUAAUUAAAAUGUUGAAUUUUACAAAUACAGAAUGACGAUUUUCUGCAUUUUUCAGAGUCAAAUUUUGUUUUGUUUUGGGCUUAAAUCUUUGUAUGAAUGCUUAAUUUGUAUCUAUAUAAUUCUCAUAUAAUGCCCAAAAACUCAAUUUCAGGACUUUUACAACUAUUCAGAGUAUGUCCUUUUGCAGUUUGGGUGUCAUGCCCCCAGUGAUGAGCUCCAUAUAUAUCUGGAGCGAGAAUUGAGUCCAAAAAGGUGGAGGGGAGGUGGGGGUUGUCGGCAAAACAUGGAUUUAGGAAGAAAAAAUAAAAAUAUUUGAGUGACGUCGAUUAAAAAUUAAGAAUGAUAGCUAACAUGUGGAGAAAUGCGGUGAAUGUAAAAGGCGGAAUGGCAUUGUGGAAUGGCAUUACGGAAUGGCAUGCGGAAUGGCCUGCGGAAUGGAUUGUGGAAUGGAUUGCGGAACGAAAAAUGAUGUAAAUUUCGCGACAUUUUUACGUGACAAUUUUUGCGCCAUAAUCUUAUGGCAGCAUUUCUGAGUGAUUUCUCCACGUUUUCAAUACAGCCUUUCGAUAAAAAACGCAAGGUGAUUUGCUGACGAUUCGUGAGUCGAAGCUUCCAGGCCAAACACGUAAUUAUCGAAAGGGUGUAUUUUUCGAACGUUAUAAAAUCCAUAAUUUUCGGAACUAAAAACUCAGGCAACAGGGUCCAGUAGAGGUAUACAAGUUUUACAAUAAAGGCCAACGUUCUACAAAUAAAGCCAUAGCUACAACACAAAAGGAUUUAUUAUUAUUUCGAGCAAAAACUGUUAGUAUAGCGCCUUCAGAGUGCUUUAUCACCAUGGCGAUUGGAUAGUUAAAUAUUCAUAUAAUCACGAGAUAAGGUACCAUUCUUAGCCAACACAACAAAACACAACAGAAUAUGAAUUAUCAUUGACAAUGCGUCUAUGGAAAAAUGAUUUGAAAAUCUCCAGCCAGGUUCAUUUUGUUUGCCUCACUGACUCAGUACAUUUGCACCUCUGAAUAAUCAACCAUGGAAGGUUGAAAAUAUUGAUGUCUCUUCAUUACACAAGUUAGUAUCGCAUGAUAAUAGUGUGCCCUCUCUUUAUACGUGCAGUGUAAGCCACAGGUUGGUAUGGAUCACCAGUUGGAUAUCUUUCCAUGUGUUUGAGUAUCAAGUUCUCCGGAUGUUUUGCAUCACCGGUAAAAAAUGUCGCUAAAUUUACUUCAAUCCGCAAUGCCAUUCCGCCUUUUACAUUCACCGAAGGCGGAAUGACAUUGCGGAAUGGCAUGCGGAAUGGCCUGCGGAACGAAAAAUGAUGUAAAUUUCGCGCCAUAAUCUUAUGACAGCUUUUCUGAGUGAUUUCCCCACGUUUUCAAUACACCCUUUCGCUAAUUACGUCAUGAAUACUUUUUUGGCGAUAAUUACGUCGUGAUAAAUACUUUUUGAAAAAACGCAAGGUGAUCGAUUUGCUGACGAUUCGAGAGUCGAAGCUUCCAGGUCAAACACGUAAUUAUCGAAAGGGUGUAUUUUUCGAACGCUAUGAAAUCCAUAAUUUUCGGAACUAAAAACUAAGGCAACAGGGACCAGUAGAGGUAUAUAAGUUUUACAAUAAAGGCCAAAGUUCUACAAUAAAGGCCAACGUACGCGCGUUCUACAAUAAAGCCUUAGCUACUACACGAAAGGAUUUAUUAUUAUUUCAAGCAAAAACUGUUAGUAUAGUGCCUUCAGAGUGCUUUAUCACCAUGGCGAUUGGAUAUUAAGGUACCAAUCUUAGCCAACACAACACAACACAACGCAACACAGCACAACACAGCAGAUUAUGAAUUAUCAUUGACGAUGCAUCUAUGGCAAAAUGAUUUGAAGAUCUCCAGCCAUCUUCAUUUUGUUUGCCUUACUCAGUACAUUUGCACCUCUGAAUAAUCAACCAUGGGAGGUUGAAAAUAUGGAUGUCUCUUCAUUACACAAGUUAGUAUCGCAUGAUAAUAGUGUGCCCAAUCUUUACGUGCAGUGUAUAAUUAAGCUACAGCUUUCUAUGGAUUACUAGUUGGAUAUCUUUCCAUGUGUUUGAGUAUCAAGCAGUGGCGCAGCCAGCUCGAUAACUGUGGUGGGGGGACUAUAUUCAUAUAUUCGUAUUCACAGACCUUAAAAACAAUCAUUUCAAAAGAAAUUAAUAAUGCAGAACACGAAUAUAUGAAUGUGCGCAAUCCAUUCCGCAGGCCAUUCCGCAUGCCAUUCCGCGCCUUUUACAUUCACCGGAAAAUAUUAGGGAAAAAAGGAACGAACAAUUAAACACAAAAUCAGAAUAACAAAGAUGAUUUUUGAUGGCGAGCCGCGGCUUCUACCACACUGCCCCCGCCCCCCCCCCCAUCCCGCCAACAAAUUUCGGAAAAAUAUUAAUAUUAUUGAUAACUUGGAAAAAUUCAUUUACAGCCCCCCUUCAAAAACGCGUAGCCGCUACCCCUGCUCAGCACCAGGUAUACUCUGGAUACGUACAGGAUUGACAAUUACACGUUUUACAUUUAAAACUGCUGCUUUUAGAAAAUCGGAGGUCUUAGGAUGACCUUUGUGAAGUACGCAGUGAGGGUACCAGCCCGGCAAAGCGAUGCCAGAAUUCACAAUUGGAAUAAUAUUAUUUUUAGGUGAACAGGUUAUUCAAGGACAUUUUAAAUUACUGGGGGAAAUACUUGUCUAGCCCAGAAUCUACUUAUGUUUUGACUGAUGAUCCACGUUCAGGGUGGUUUGGUACAGAUGCAAUGGAGGCAAUGCCAAAUUUCGUUAAAGAAUUUGAAUGCGACCCAAAAAAACCGCAUUAUGGUUACAAAUCAUGGGAUGAUUUCUUCGUGAGAAAAUAUCGUCCAGGAAUUCGUCCAGUGGAAGCUCCUGAUGAUGAUUAUGUUAUUGCAAAUGCCUGCGAGUCUGCACCUUUCAAGCUGGCGCGUGAAGUGUGCAAACGGGAUUGGUUCUGGAUCAAGAAUCAACAAUACUCGUUAGGUGAGCACGGUUAGAAAAUAAUAGAGAGUUUAAGUUCGACUUCCAAUACCAAUACCGAUACCGAUGUUUUCACUUCCGUUCUCAUUUUGGUACCGGGAAUUUUAAAGCGUUAAGUUAUCACGACAGAUAAAGUAUAGAACACAUCAAUCGUCACCGA